AUGGUGGUGAAAAUGUUGGUUUUGGUGAUAUCAGCUGUAUUUGCAGCGGCCCUUUUGAGCAGGACAGCUUUGGGUCUUAAUGCAGAUGGUGUUGCCUUGUUGGAAUUCAAAACCUCAGUGAAUGACACCAAGAACUAUCUCAGUAACUGGAAUGCCUCUGAUGAGUUUCCCUGCGGAUGGACUGGGAUCUCUUGUCAUCCUGAAGACCAGACUGUUAUUUCCAUAAAUUUGCCUUACAUGCAACUUGGAGGGAUUAUAUCUCCCAGCAUUGGUAAACUCAGUAGAUUGCAGAGGCUGGCACUUCACAUGAAUAGUCUACAUGGCAUCAUUCCAAAUGAGAUAGCUAAUUGUUCCGAUCUCAGAGCCCUGUACUUGAGGUCAAACUACCUUCAAGGAGGGAUACCUGCAAACUUUGGGAAUCUUUCUCUUCUGACCAUAUUGGAUUUAUCAAGUAAUUCACUCAAGGGGGCAAUACCUUCUUCCCUUGGUCGCCUAUCUCGUCUGCGCUCUCUAAACUUGUCAACAAAUUUUUUCUCUGGUGAAAUUCCGGAUGUUGGAGUUCUUAGCACCUUUGGGAAUGCAUCGUUCCUUGGAAAUUUAGAUCUUUGUGGCCAACAAGUACAGAAGCCUUGUCGAACCUCACUGGGAUUCCCAGCUGUACUACCUCAUGCAGAGAGCAAUGAAGCCAAAGUGCCUACGAAACGAUCCUCACACUAUCUUAAAGGAGUAAUUAUUGGCGCUAUGUCCACAAUGGCCUUUGUUCUAGUUGUGCUCCUUGCUUUCUUAUGGGUAUGUUUAUUGUCGAAGAAAGAAAGGGCUGCCAAGAGAUACACAGAAGUCAAAAAACAAGUUCAUCAAGAGCCAAGUGCCAAAUUAAUCACUUUCCAUGGCGACCUUCCAUAUCCUUCGUGUGAGCUAAUAGAGAAGAUUGAAUCUCUUGAUGAGGAAGAUGUUGUAGGAGCAGGGGGAUAUGGCACUGUUUAUCGAAUGGUCAUGAAUGAUUGUGGUACAUUUGCAGUUAAAAGGAUUGAUCGUAGUCGUGAAGGUUCUGACCAAGUGUUUGAGAGGGAGUUGGAAAUACUGGGUAGCAUCAAGCACAUUAACCUGGUCAAUCUGAGAGGUUAUUGCAGGCUUCCAGCUGCAAGGCUCCUCAUCUAUGAUUACUUGGCUAUGGGCAGUUUGGAUGAUUUUUUACAUGAACAUGGCGAUGCAGAUCGGUUGUUGAAGUGGAAUACUCGGUUGAGGAUAGCUCUUGGUUCGGCUAGGGGAUUAGCCUACCUGCACCAUGAUUGUUCACCAAAGAUAAUUCACCGUGACAUAAAAUCCAGCAAUAUACUUCUGGAUGAGAAUAUGGAGCCUCAUGUUUCUGACUUCGGGCUUGCAAAGCUUUUGGUAGAUGAGGAUGCUCAUGUCACAACCGUUGUUGCUGGUACAUUCGGCUACUUAGCUCCAGAGUACUUGCAGAGUGGAAGGGCCACAGAAAAAUCCGAUGUUUAUAGCUUCGGAGUUCUGCUAUUAGAGCUUGUGACAGGAAAAAGGCCAACUGAUCCAUCUUUUGUUAAGCGCGGCCUCAAUGUGGUUGGCUGGAUGAAUACAUUGUUAAGAGAAAAUCGGAUUGAAGAUGUAGUGGACCGAAGGUGCACUGAUAUAGAUGGUGAGACUGUUGAAGCAGUUCUAGAAAUCGCAGCAAGAUGUACUGAUGCAAUUCCAGACGACAGGCCAUCAAUGCAAGAAGUGCUGCAGUUUCUGGAGCAAGAAGUUAUGUCACCUUGUCCUAGCGACUUCUAUGAAUCUCAGUCAGAUUAUUCUUAA